AUGUGCUUCACAACAGCACUGCCACCGAUACCUACUGUCCAAGAUGUUCUUAACGUACCUCAUGCUGGCCUGGAACCGGCGCAGCACAGAAAGUUGCAGGGAAAGUUCCUUCACAUCACCGACAUCCACCCCGACCCAUUCUACCAGCAGGGGAGCGACCCAGGCGGUGAACACCCUUGCCAUAGAGGAGAAGGCAGGGCCGGUUACUUCGGAGCCGAGUCAACAGAAUGUGAUGCCCCAAUCUCAUUGAUCAAUGCAACAUUCGACUGGAUCAAGCACAAUAUCAGAGAUGAGAUCGAUUUUGUGAUCUGGACUGGGGACUCCGCGAGACACGAUAAUGACGAGCUCUAUCCACGAACCAACAAACAGGUUGAGCAGUUGAAUGAGUUCAUGGUCAGUAAGUUCGACGAAGUUUUCGGCAAGCCAGAUAACAGACACGAUCCCGAUCCUACCAACGAUUUUAUUACACCCAUCGUGCCGACCUUUGGCAACAACGAUAUACUGCCUCACAACAUUUUCGAGCCGGGUCCAAACCGGUGGACCAGAAAGUACUUGACAAUAUGGGAGAAGUUUGUGCCGCAGGAACAACGGCAUUCUUUCGCAAGAGGUGGUUGGUUCUUUACUGAAGUCAUUCCGAAAAGAUUGGCAGUCUUCAGCUUGAAUACUUUGUACUUUUUCGAUUCGAACGCCGCAGUCGAUGGUUGCGACAACCCGCACGAGCCAGGAUAUGAGCAUUUUGAGUGGCUUCGCAUUCAGUUGCAGUUUCUUCGAGAGCGAAAAAUGAAAGCUAUACUCAUGGGUCACGUACCACCAGCACGUACACAAACUAAACGCAGCUGGGAUGAAACUUGUUACCAAAAAUAUAAUCUAUGGCUGCGACAGUAUCGGGAUGUGAUUAUUGGGAAUUUGUUUGGCCACAUGAACAUCGACCACAUUAUGCUACAGGACGUCAAGGAGCUACAGUACAAGUUCAAAAUACCUGGCAUAGACGAUGAAGGGCUCCACGAUGAGCUAGGAAAUCUCAAACAGCCUCUUCAUACGACAGCCAAGACGGACUAUCUGUCUGAUCUGAGAGAUUUGUGGACGGAUUUGCCAACACCACCAAAAGGGUUCUCAUACGACUCGACUGAUUUGUACGAGCCAGCGUUCAAAGACAGCAAGAACCAGCAUGCGAUUGAGAAGUUCAUUAGGAGAAUAGGUGGGAAAUAUGGCGAGCGUUUCAGCCUGAGCAUGGUCGCGCCCAGUGUCGUGCCAAACUUCUACCCUACACUUCGUAUUGUCGAAUACAACAUCACUGGUCUAGAACACGAGCACCCAGCUUCUACACCCGCAUCACCAGGUUAUAUAGAGACCGUCGACCUUCAGGAGUUCGAGCUUGAACAUAGUUCACCAGGCCCCUGGAUACAUACUGAGGACUCCGAAAACGAUCUCAGCCUCGAAUAUACUUACAGGGCGGAGAGAAGGAAAAGGAAGAAACACAAGAAGCCGAAGCCGAAUUUCGUUGUGCCGAUGCCACCUUCCAAGAAUGCGCCACCAGGACCAGGCUAUUCACCACAAUCCCUGUCUUUUCUCUCCAUGAAGCAGUACUACUCGAACAUCACGAAGAUCAACGAUGCCGUCGUCGCGAAAUUAAGCAGUAUAGACGAAUUGCACGUGCAGCAUCGUUCGAAGGACGAAGUUCUUCGCGAAACCCUGAAACAAGAGUUCGCCUACGAGCUAGAGUAUGAUACGAAGAACGAUAAGGUAUACAGAAUGAAAGACCUUACGAUGCGUUCAUGGUUAGGCAUUGCUGAAAAGAUUGGCCGAACAGAAUACGAGCCACAAGACACAACAGCAGAACACGUUGAUUUGUUUGAGAUUGGAGACGAAUGUGACGGAGACAGUGACGAAGAUGCAGAGUCGUCAAUAAAGAAGAAGCACAAGAAAGGCAAGAAGCGUAAGAACAAGAAUAUCAAGAAAAACAAAUUGUGGCAUACAUUUGUCAAACGAGCGUUUGUCGGGACGAAAUCAGAUGAGGAGCUAGAGGAAGAAUUUGGAUAG